AUGGGCCACAACAAGCAAAACCAGAGGCGGUUCAAGAAAGAUAACCACCGCCACCAAUCCCAUGGCCAGCAAUUUCACAGGCAAGCAACUUUCGUUUCAAAAUACCCCAACGCCGGGAUGAAGAUGAUGUGUCUUUGCCCACUGACCAAGGUACGUAACACAAUGUGGGCUUAUGAAUGUUUCUUACCCAAUUAUGCGCUCCAUAUGUUUGAUGAAUUGCGUCUGUGUGAGUUUAUGGCAGCAGCUGAAGGGGAGGAGCAAACGGGUCCAGCCAUUCAGCUCGCCAUGUGGGAUUUUGGACAAUGUGAUGCGAAGAGGUGCACAGGACGCAAGCUUGCAAGAUUUGGAUUGUUGAAAGAAAGAGGAAUGAUGGAAUUACGAGUUAGUAGCGGAUUUGGGGGAGUUGUCUUGAGUCCCACUGGGACACAAUGUGUCUCCCAAGAGGAUCUUGAACUGAUCAGACGAAGAGGUUUAGCUGUUGUUGAUUGCUCGUGGGCCCGCUUAGAGGAUGUGCCUUUCACCAAACUGCGGUGUGCCGCUCCUCGUCUUUUGCCUUGGUUGGUAGCAGCAAAUCCAGUAAAUUAUGGCCGACCUUGUGAGCUUUCAUGUGUCGAGGCACUGGCUGCAGCUCUUAUUAUAUGUGGGGAGGAAGAAACUGGAAAUCUAUUGCUCAGCAAAUUCAAAUGGGGUCAUGCUUUCUUGUCCCUAAACAGGGAACUUCUCAAGGAAUACUCCAAUUGUAAAAAAGGUGCAGAUAUGAUCGUUGUUCAAAAUGAGUGGCUUUCGCAGCAAAAAUCGCCAACUUCAAAUGAAGUCACAAAUGAAAGAGGAGAGCAAUUGGAAUGUAGAAACACUUAUGGUGAUGAUGACGAUGGAUCAUCUUGCGGUUCUGAAGAUGGUCUUCCUCCAUUGGAAAGGAAUAUGAAUCACUUGCUGAAAAUUUGGUCAGCUUUCAGUCUUUCACCAUCGUUCGGCUGCGAAACCCUAGCUUACCUUCCCACCAUGGUGACGGCGAAGAAAACAAAGAAGACCCAUGAGAGCAUCAAUAACAGGCUCGCUUUGGUGAUGAAGAGCGGAAAAUACACUCUCGGUUACAAGACCGUCCUCAAAACCCUUCGCAACUCCAAAGGGAAAUUGAUACUAAUCUCCAACAACUGCCCGCCAUUGAGGAAAUCCGAGAUUGAGUACUAUGCAAUGCUGGCUAAGAUUGGGGUUCACCAUUACAAUGGAAAUAAUGUUGAUUUGGGCACUGCUUGUGGAAAGUACUUUCGUGUUUCGUGCCUAAGCAUCGUUGAUCCAGGUGACUCGGAUAUCAUAAAGUCAUUGCCCGGUGAACACUGAGGAGAGAGACUGUCUUUGCUUCUUCAGAUUCUUCACCUUCAUUUUCUGAAUUUCCUCAAUGCAUCUCAUUCUAUGUCGAACAAUUAUAGCAGUCAAGUUUUCAUAAGUGUCCUUUUAUCCUUUUCUUUUGUUUUCUCUGUCUUCUGAGCUCGGGUGGACAUUUGUUUUUGACAAUAUCUAUUAUGAUUAGACUUGAUGGAGUUUUUUCUUCUGUAUUUUUCAAAAUUUUUGUAAAACUACUGAUAGAUCCAUCCAUGUUAUGGAGUUUUGCAGCUGAUAUGAAAAUCACUACUACAACCACCAAUUUUAACCAAGUUAUAUG